AUGACUUCUAAUGUCCUUGCGGAAUUUUGCUAUGCUGGAAUAGUAGCUGUUGCUGGAGUGCGAGAAUAUAAAAAUUCAAAAUCAAAGCUAUCAUUGAUAGUCGGGCUUUGUUUUUACUCUGUAUUAACGAUAGGAGCGUACUGGCAAAGCUUUAAUUCAAAUAAAUGCUCGGUAUAUAGAACGACUAGUGGAUUCGUGGCUGUGAUUUGCUUGGUGAUAACUUUAGUUAUCCGCAUGAGUGUUAUAGUUGACCCGAGAUUUUUUAAACGACAUAUCGGUACAUUUAAAACAUACGGACUGUUAUCUCUUCUCAGAUACAACGUCGCUAUCAAAGGAUGCGAGGACUCGGUUCUCGAAAUAUUUCUCGCAAUUUUAUUUAAAUUGCAAAAAAAUUUUCGAAAGAUAAUUAUAAUCCUGACGACUGAAAUAAAUUACAUUGAUGCUCUUCUAAAGUCAUUGAUAAUUAAUAUAGCGAUUCAUAUUUUAAUUCAGCUACGAAUAGAAUUUUUUGAUUACAGAUUUAUGCUGUAA